GUCGUCGGUCCUCCCUCUCCACUGCUUCACCUCUGGAAAUCCCACGCAGGAUCGCUGCACUAGGGUUUCGUUGGUUACUGCUCCGUUUCUCACCUCACCGCUGCUCCGAUUUCCAUGGCGGGAGCUGGAAUUCACCCUUAUCACCAGCAGUGGCCGCCGGCUCCUGCUCCGCCGCCACCGUCUGCUGCCGCGGCGGGGCCUCCUCCUCCUUCAGUCCAUUACCCUCACCCGCCUGCUGCUAUGGUCGAUAAUUCGAACCGCGGCCCUACACACGACGAGGUUCGCACGGUUUUCAUCACGGGGCUGCCUGAAGAUGUGAAGGAGAGAGAACUCCAAAACUUACUGAGGUGGCUGCCGGGUUAUGAAGCUUCGCAAGUGAACUUCAAAGGAGAGAAGCCCAUGGGAUUUGCUCUUUUCUCCGCUGCUCAAUUUGCCAUUGCUGCCAAGGAUGCGCUUCAGGACAUGGUUUUUGACGCAGAGUUGAAGGCAGUCUUGCACACUGAAAUGGCGAAGAAAAAUCUUUUUGUUAAAAGAGGAAUAGUAGCAGAUACUACUAGUGCUUUUGAUCAAAGUAAGCGAUUACGUACAGGUGGUGACUAUGGCCAUGUUCCCUAUCCCUCUCCAUCACCGUAUCAUCCUCCUCCUCCCCCUCCUCCUGUCUGGGGUCCCCCUGGGUACAUGGCUCCACCUCCACCCCCAUAUGAUCCAUAUGGAGGCUAUCAUGUGCCUCCAGUACCAAUGCCUGCACCUCCUCCUGUACCUGCUCCAAGUAGUUAUGUUCCUGUCCAGAAUACAAAGGAUAAUCCUCCCUGCAACACGCUGUUUAUUGGUAAUCUUGGAGAAAAUAUUAAUGAAGAGGAGCUGAGGGGACUAUUUAGUGGACAACCUGGUUUCAAGCAAAUGAAAGUCUUGAGACAAGAAAGACAUACAGUUUGUUUUAUCGAGUUUGAAGUGAGAUAUGAACAGCGCAACCAAUGUGCACCGAAGUUUGCAAGGUGCUGUUAUUCCCAGCUCUGGUACUGUUGGCAUGCGGAUACAAUAUCCUUUUACUGACUUAUUCAUUGUAAUAAUUUACUUAUUAUCAUUUCCUAUAGUCUAUGUUAGAUCACAUAUAGACAACUAUAACUGAAAUAUCAGUAUAGCUUGAAUUGUGGGGUUUGUGGUUCUUCAUUCUUUUCUAUUUUCAUUGAAGCCUUGUUUUCUUACACUUGUAGGGUCACAUGUUUGGAGGCUGCAUCAUUAAUUCUUGUUUCAUGGUUGAUAGGUGGAGUGGGGCAAUAGGUCUAUCCAACUUCUAGGUCUAUUUUAACUAAAAGCGAAAGUGUAUGAACUAGUGGAUUUAGCUAUUAACCUGGCUGUAAAGAUUUUUUUGGAAUGCAAAGAAUCAAAAUGGACAUCGUGAAAGCACUUCUGGUCUCACCUUCAAGGAAUUUAUCUUGUGUUUCUUGCUAUCUGUAGUUGGUGUCUGAAACUAUCGAAAAUGAAAUGUGUGUUUAUGUUGUAAUUACUAUCCCACUUGUGUUGUGUGCCUAUUUUCCUUAACUUAUUGAUGCAAGUAUUCGAAGAAUCCAUAUGGGAAGAGGAAGGAUGGAGCUCACCCUACUGUUGCUUCUCCCAGCACCAAUGGAGCUCAGCCAGCUAUGACUUACCAGUAGUGGAAGGAAGGGGGAUGUAACUCUGAUCUUUAUGCUCCAAGAAAUACUUACUGCAUGAUAGGAUGCAUCUUGCAGCAGUUGCAUGCAUCCAUUCCACAUCACAAAGCAUCAUCAACAUUAGCAUCUGUUCUUCACGAGAUUUUGAAUACGCGUAUCGCUGUCAUUUUACAUGGCAUUGGGGUCCAUGUUAUUAUUUAUUAUCUCCCAGACAUGCAUUUGUAGCAGGUUGUUAAACAUAGACAAUUAGUUUGUCUCCUAAGAAGUGCUUGCCUUCUGAUGGGCGAUUCAUGACAACUGUGUUUUGUAGUGUGCAUUCUCACACCCCGUUUUAAUUAUUGACAACUAGACAUCACUACUAGGGAUGGUUGUUCAAUCAGGUCUUCGCCCCCUUUCUGUGUUGCUUCGAGUUUCAUUCCAUUAUUUAAACAUGACAUCCAAAAUGUAUCUGCAGAUCACGUAUCAUGACACAGUUUAUCAACCCCAUUCACAGCAUCAAUCAUAAUCUGUUACUAACCAUGAAUAUCGACAUAUCAUGUUGUCCAAUUAGGUCUUUGCCCCCUUUCUGUUAAAUCACAUAUCAUAACAGUUUAUCGAGCCCAUUCAGCAGCAUCAAUCAUAAUCUGUUACUAACCAUGAAUGUCAACAUCUCAUGGUCUGGAUCAGCAAAUCAGACAUUUCAACCAACAGUUGUUAAUACUGUUCCUCAUUGGUUUUUCCGAAUGGCUGAAUGCAUGAUAUUGUCGACGAAAGUAGGGAAUGCAUGCCAUUGUGAUUUUCUACAUGCAGGAAUAUCUCUAAAGAAUGUCAGGGGGCAGGGGUCAGCCACAGCUGCAUUGUCAGGUGAGUUGCUCAUGGUUCUCCGACAUAGAAAUUGCUUGUUCUGGGGAUCGAAGAAUUACCAAUGCUAGCUAUGAUACAAGUGCAUAUCGUCUCGAGGCUGCAACUGCUAGAGGAAGGUCAUAAUAAUGUCCUCUAACAAUAUAGAGUUUUGUUCAUCGAUCAUGAUGGGACAUCUCCAUUUCUUUUUUCCUUAUUCCCUUCUUUUCUGCUACUCUCUGCUUUGUUUAGUUUUUUUUUUUACCUUUUGCCUUCUGGAUAGCCCUUUUGGAUCAGUUUUCACAAAUGACUGAAUUGAAUACAUAUUAUGGGGCGCGAAAGACCGAGUUCUGUUUGUGUUUUCGUGUGUUCCUCUAUAUCACAAACGAUCGACCAAUUCUAGACCGUAGAGCAGUUGCAACCGUUUGUUGUAUGCAUGCAGUAUGCAGAGGCAAAUAUCAACAGGAGAUGCUCAUUGCUCGAAUUUGGCGGCUGGCAUCUUUGCACAUUGUAGUAAAGAGUCAACCCAUUGAUAUUAGCGGUUCAUGCGAAGUCGGGAAUGAAGGAGGGGCCUCGAAGCAUUGCAAAGGUACUUGGUAUGAGACGAAAGGAAAGCAGGCAAGAAUCAGAUUUCCACGGCUAUCAGCAAGCAAAGUACAUUGCAGAAAAGCUUUAUGGAAUCUCCUUCCCAUAAAAUAAACAGUUGCUGGGUUCAUUUGGCAGUGACCAACAGCUUUUAGUUGAACGCAUACAUUUUUCAUGCUUUCGUGAAGAGUGCUCUGAUGCGUUUCUCUUGUUCCUCUGCCGAUCCCCUGUUCCUCAUAUGCUAGCAUAUUUGCCAGUC